CAAAGUUCUAGACAACAUUUCGAUCAGCAUCAUGAAAGUAUUCAUCAUCUUGGCUGCCUUCGCCACACUGGCCGCUGCGGUUGAAUUGACAGACACACAGAAGGCCGAGCUUAAGGAGAGGGCCAAGGCUUGCGCCGGGCAAGAGGGAGUCACCAAGGAGCAGGCUCUGGCCCUGCGCGCCGGCAAUUUCGAAGAUGCCGAUCCGAAGGUAAAGUGCUUCGCCAACUGCUUCUUAGAAAAGGCCGGAUUCGUGGUAGAUGGCCAGAUCAAGCACGAUGUGGUCCUGGCCAAGCUGGAUCCAAUUGCCGGCGUCGACAAGGUUAAGGCGGUCCAGGCCAAAUGAGACUCCCUCAAGGGCGCCGACAAGUGCGAAACCAGCUAUGAGCUGUACAAGUGCUACCACCAGAACCGGGCUGAAAUCUAAGUCAAGAAUCUUG